AUGGCCGCUGUUUCCACUACGUCCGCCUUCGCUGGUGGGCUGAUUGACCCGUCCAAACAGGCGGAAUAUCCUAUUCUUCUCGGGGACAAACUGGCUGGCAAGCCCUCUUCGAGACAAUCCCGCUUCGUCAAUGUCGCCUACAAUUACAAAGCGAAAUCUGCCUCGCCACAGCAGAAAACAACCAUUACAAAGGGCAAUACGCCAGACCUCUACCAGCUGACGAUUCAAGAUAAAGCCAGCAAUGCGGAGCGGACUAAUUUAACGUACCUUUACCAUGGAAGCGUUGAUCCUGCAUCUUCCGUGUCGGAGCCGGAAUCAAGCAAUCUAGUACUUGUUUUUGACCCAAAACGCAAAGCCUUCAUACUCGAGCCGGUCUCGACAAAGCUAAACUUCAACCUGCGCUCUGCACCCGGAAAGACUGACAAACAAGUGGCAGAACAAUAUGAGCAACUUAAUACAUUGUCAAACCAUGAAAGAGACGAUAGCAGCAGAGAAGACGAUGAUGAUGCAGCUGAUGAAGGCAACCCCUACGAUUUUAGACACUUCCUACCGAAAAGUGAACCGUCCAGUGCCAAAAAUACCGACUACACUCCCCCGAAAAACGGCCACGACUCUCAUAAUCCCCCGAAUAAAGCACCCACGCACUUGACUCCUGCUGCAGCCUUGAACGCCUUACCACCUAAAACGAAGCCUCCUCCAAAACCUAAGCCUCAAGUUAACCCUCUCCGGCCUCAGCCAAAACGAGUUACCAAAGCUGCGAUGGCCAAAAACGCAAGUGCACCCAAGUCCAAGCCGAAACCAGCCCCUAUCGUUGAGCCCGAGCCGCCUGUUGUCGAGUCACCACCAUCAGAACCAGAACCAGAACCGAAACCAACACCUCCAGAAACGUCGUCGAGUAACAAUAUAAUAGUAGAUGGCGAUUUAAUCAUCGACAUGGGCUCUCCUCCGCCAGAAAGACCAAAGUUCAAGCUUAACCCACGCCAUUUUGCUUCGAACAAUACGUCUGCCAACGAAGCAGGAAGCGAUGAAGAGGAGGACGUUCGAUCACCGUCGCCGCCAAGAUUAGCUGGGAGCCGGGUAUGGCAGAACCACGCUUCGCAACAGUACGAUGGGCAUGAUGAGGAGGAAGAGGAAGAGAGUGAUGAAGAUGCAGGCGAAGUCGAACCGGAAACCAACGACUACAUGGCUGACGAUGACGACCUAGCCGCCGAGAUGGAAGCUGCAUUCGAGGAGAGUGCUAGGGAAGAGGAAGAAGAGAGAGCCAGAAAUUUACUCCUACAGCAACAGCAGCAGCAGCGACUACAUGUUGUGAGUGACGAGGAAAGCGAAAUUAGCGAAGAAGAGUGA